AUGGAUCCAAUCAAGUAUGUCUUUGAAAGCCCAUUCAUACUAGGAAGAAUAGCAAAGUGGCAAGUCAUACUCUCACAAUAUGACAUUGUUUAUAUGAUAAGGAAAGCGGUAAAAGGGAGUGUCAUAGUAGAUCUCCUAGCAGAAAAUCCAAUCGAUGACUAUGAGGCUUUAGAUUUUGAAUUCCCUGAUGAACAUAUUAAUGCAAUAGAUGAAGAAGUAGAAGGGCAAAAUGAUGUGUGGCAGAUGUAUUUCAAUGGAGCAGUUAACCUUUCUGGAAGUACAAUUAAGGCAGUAUUAAUAUCCCUGGAUGGGAAAUAUUUCCCAGUAGCAGUCAAGCUGAGAUUUGAAUGCACUAAUAAUGUUGCUGAAUAUGAAGCCUGUGUGAAUGGCUUACAAACUGCUAUUGAGAUGAAAGUCAAUAAGUUAGAAGUGUAUGGAAACUCAGCUUUGAUAAUAUAUAAAGUGAAAGGAGAGAGGCAAACUAGAGAUCCUAAGCUAAUCCCAUAUCAGAAAUAUCUUCUUGAAUUGAUUAAGAAGUUUCAAGAAAUCUCAUUCACUCAUUUGGGUCGUGAUAAAAACCAGUACGUGGACGCUUUAACCAUGCUAGUAGUUAUGACUCAAAUGGAGGAAGGGUAA